CAGACACACCUGUUUUCCCAGCUCAGCCCAAACAGACAGGGCGAACCAGCCAGCGGGCUGUGAAGCGGGAGAAUCUCGUGUCUGGCCCCGGAUCGCGCUGCGCAACGGGGCGCUAGAUCGCCAGCUCGCCUCUCCUUCUGCCUACGGGGCCAGCUUUUGAGCUUCGUGGAGCACACGGCUCGGCCGGCGGCGCGACGAGACAAGCAGCUGGAAGGAAGCGAUCUCCUCCCCCCCUCCCGCCACACGGCGCCCUUCGUCGUGGCAUCUGGACUACAGCUCGCUCCCCCACCCCCUUCGCUGCUGACUUCUUGUCGUUUUCUUUUCUGUCCUUUCAGCGGAGCCGAUCUGCGCUCUCCUUGGUCCAGGGGGAAGACGCAGCCCCGACGGCGAUGGUAGCGGGGUGACUCCGGGCGACGCGGUCCUGUUCUCCGCGGAUCUAUAAAGAGGAGAAGGAGAAGGACACGCCUCCCCGAGUAAGGCGAGGGGCUCCGGGCAUAGCUGCCUGCGAGGGAGCCACUGGAGCCCCCACGUGGUUUUGGGCGAGAAGGAAAGCAACGCGGCUCCUUCUGGGAAGCCCCUCUUCGCCUUGGAUUGGGACCUACACCAGGCGCCCGAGCAGGAUCGGUGCUGGAGACACGACCUUAAAGCCACCCGCGAACCUCCAGAAUCAAGCCUGCGCCUCUCCAUCUGGAUCUUCUUGGCCUCACCGAGGCCCUUCUUUCUUUUCUGCGGCGUUUGAGUCGCUGGUUUCUGGAGUUACCCAGGACCGCCUUUGCGUGUUGCUUCCCGCGAUUCUUGCCAGUGUGGGAAGAGCCCUGUGAAGUUUUCUGCCGUUUCGGAGGGCAAGCUCUGAAGCCGCGCCCGGAUUGCCACAGAAACUUGCCCGAACCAGCCGGGCGGACUCAGCCUUGCUCUUCCUUGCUCAGUGAAAUGGGUGGGUUUGAAAAGGAGGAGGAGGAGCGCUCCCAGCGGCUGUGACAACCUUUGGGUUCCGUUUUGGACUCUGUAUUGUAGACCGGAAUCUGAAAAAGGAAAGUGGGUAGAGUUAUAUGUUUGCAGAGAGAGAGGCUACCUGUUGGUGGAAAGGGACUCUUCUCUAUAAAAAAAUAACUACAGCGAAAAUCACUGGCCUCCCCCUCUUUAGGGUUCUCCUUUGGAGGAGACCAGCUCUGGGCCUGUGAGGGUGGAGGGUCCGUGGGCCCAAGGAUGGACUCUGUGAUAGACUUUUCCGCUGGGGAAUGCUCGGACCAGCCCCCUCCCAGGUGGGGCAGGAACCGCCCCCGCCACGUGGUGCGCAAAGUCGCCUCCCAAACGGUGACCAAGGUGAACCCGCCAGUGGGGGUCGUCUUCAUCACCCUCUUAUACUGUGGGGAACUUGUGUCUGCCUGCGUUGUGAGCUACUCCUACAGCCUCUCGGAUGACAUCUUCUGGCUCUCCCUGACGCUCCUCUUGAUGCUGAUCCCUUGCGUCUUGGACCAGUUCACGCUCAUCUUUGUGAACCGGGACCUGACCAGUGACAAGCCCUUUAUUUUCUUCAUGCAUCUUGUGCUGUUGGGUCCUAUCAUCAGGUGUUUAGAGGCCCUGGUGAUGUUCUACCGGUUGGGGAGAGAGGAAGAGCCGUACGUCACCAUCACUCGCAAGAAGCAGAUCCAUAGAGACUCUGAGAUUGAGCUGGAGCAGGAAGUGGGGCACUCUGUGCGCCGGCUGGUCACUCACCGGAACGCCUUCAAGCGCAUGGCAGUCAUCCAGGCCUUCUUGGGGUCCACUCCGCAGCUGACGCUACAACUCUACGUCAGCGUUGUGGAGCAGUAUGUCCCCACCAGCCGAGCAGUCCUGAUGUGUGUCUGCUUGGUGUCGGUCACCUAUGGAGCGUUGGUCUGCAAUGUCCUGGCCAUCCAGAUCAAGUAUGACGACUACAAGAUCCACCUGCGCCCGCUGGCCUUCAUCUGCAUGAUCCUGUGGCGUAGCUUGGAAAUCUCCACCCGCAUCACCAUCUUGGUCCUGUUUGGGAGCGUCUUCAAGUACUAUGCAAUGGCCGUCGGCGGAGCCAACUUCCUGCUCUUCUUCUUCUUGCCGUGGGUACAGUUUUGGAGGAGCGGCGCCCAGCUGCCUGACAAUGUGGAGAAGAACUUCAGCCGGGUGGGCACCGUCUCCGUCCUGUGCACCAUUACUUUGCUUUACGCCGGCAUCAAUAUCUUCUGCUGGUCAGCUGUGCAGCUCAGGCUGGCCGACCGGGAUUUGAUUGCCAAGUCGCAAAACUGGUGGUGCUUGGUGGUCUACUAUGUGUUCCGGGGCUUGGAGAACGGCGUGCUGCUGGUCGUCUGGUACUUCUGCAUGACGGACGUCUACGAGUAUUUGUGCAUCCCCUUCAUGGUGUUGCAGCUGCUGGUCGCCUACUGCUUGGCAAUUACUUUCAUGCUCAUCUUCAUGCAGUACCUCCACCCAUGCCGCCGCCUCUUCACGCACAACGUCUCUGACUUCUUGCAGUGUGUCUGCUGCAAGCCGGCAGAAGAAGCAAAACCCGUGGACCUGGAGCCUCCCUUGGAACCUGGAGUGAGGCACAGCAUAGUCUGACAGGACAGUCGUCCAAACCAAACCGUAAACAGAGCUGCUCAUGGAAGGGGUACGGAUCAUGCCCCGUAUCUAGCCUCAACACCCAUUUACCUUGAGGAAUCAAGGGAAUUUUAUGGUGCUAUAAUAUAUCAGCAGUGGGGGUGGAGGUGGGGUAGCAAUCAUGGCUGGACGGUGCCUCCAGAGCACUAUCUGGACUGACAGACCAAACCUGGUGGACAAAGAAGGGGUGCAAAUUUCACUCUCCUUAUCUGCCUGCUGAGCCGGGCAGCUGUUAUGUUCAGAAGGACUGUGUUGUCAUUUCCAGAUGGCAGCUUUUCUUCUGAUGUGUUUUUGUAAAACACUACCUUUUCAGCCAGGUUGAAGGGCACUCAGGAUUAGCUGAAGGAGGGGAGAUCCUUUUGAAGGAUGGUCAGUGGGUCUUGAUGCUGUACCCCUCUCUCUAGCCCAAUGCAUCCUUAUGGACGCCACAACCUUCCUUAGGUUACGUAGAAUUGUGGCCCUGCAUUUUCAAGAAGUCUGGACAAACCCUCUUAAUAUUGCCAGCUGUAGCUCUAGGAUGUGACUUUGUUGUCCUUCCACAACCCUGGUGCUCCUCUAACAUUCGUAGUUCUGUAUUUAUUUAUUUGUAGAGCUGGGAAUGGACAUUUUAAGUGCUGGGAAGCAUCUUGCGUUUUUUUAAAAAUUGCCCUCAUUUUAUCCUAUCGUUUCUACUGUGCCAUACAGGACAGCAUGACCACAUGAGAGCUCAUCAGGCCCAGAGCAAGGGGUAGAGUCAAGGGGAGUGGGCCAAGAUUUGCCUUCAGCUGCUUGCCUUCAGAUCCUCAGCAGUGCCGUAGCUGGGCACAUAUUCAUAUUUUUUACAGGAAGGGUCAGUCUAAGGGAUGACCCUUCAGCGGCACGCUUCUGUGUGGCGGGUGACCACCUUGGUGUGGUGGAGUCUAGGGUUGAGGUCAGCCCCUGUUGUGCUAAGUGUGCUGGAGAAAGUUAAGUCACGGUCUGGUUGGUGAUCUGGGCCAGUGGGAAGCCAUCCAAACAACUGGUUUCCUACAUGCAAAUGUAAGUCAGGCUUGACUUAAAACAAAACAAAAAUCCAUCAGGUGGAAGUGCUUGUGCAUGUUCAGCCCACAGUUUGACAGAGUCCCACCCCUAUCAAUCCCCUCUGUGUAAUAUCCCCACAAGAAGGGAGCCUCUUAGUAAUGUGAUGCAUGCCAAUAGGCGAGCCUCUUGGCAUAUUCAGCAGCCUGAAUCCAGGAUCAGGUGCACAUCAAGUCCCUGCAGUGUUUAUGUACAUGGAUCUUCAGUUUUAUGUGGCUAUUUAGCAGGGCUGUCUGUCUCCAGAUGUUGCUGGACUACAGUUCCCAUCUUCCCUGAUAAUUGGCCAUGAAGGCUGGGGAUAAUGGGAAUUGAAGUCCAGCGACUUGUGGCAGGCCACAGGUUCCCCAGCCCUGCCUUAGACUGUAGAUACGGUUCCAUAAACACAAUUUAGGCCCCUCAGGUCUUUUAGAUUCUAGUAUCUUGUUUCAACCUCCUUUCCAGCCAGUUAUCUCCUGGUGACGUGAAGCAUUUUUCUUUUCUGUCUUAAAAGUUCUUUCUUGCUCAAAACUUGAUUGGUCUUCAGGUAACCUGGUGCAAAUAUAUAUUUUAUUCAAAACCUCCUAAUGGCCUUUGCGUUCUCUUUUCCACAAACUGAGUAAUUUAUUAGCUAUAUCUACUAAGGCAGGGGUUGCCAAUGUAGUGCCCGUGGGCACCAGUGUGCCCGCCAGUACUUCCCAUGGCACCUAUGAAAGGUCUUAGUAAAAAUCCCCUCAAAAAAUCCACAGUGCACAAGACUGUUUGCUCUUCCUGCGCAGUGGCUCAACCUUUCCUACAUUGAACAUGCCCCCUUCAUUCGGCACCAGGAUUGGACACCCAUUCUCCCUUCCAUUCUGGAGAGCUGCAAAGCAUUUCCCUCUGUGAAUGAGGCUGGUGGUGGUUGAUCAAGUAGAUGCUCUUUUAAAUGUGGCAGCCCUUUUCUGUCAUGCCAGUCCCCUGCCCCCACAGCCAUUUCAUCACUGAAAUGCCAAUGGCAGUUUCUGAAAAUUCCACUGGCCCUAAAAGGAUUGCGGUACAGAAUAAAUAAUGGGCUGCAGAAAGGAUCGAGACCCUUCACCCACCUUCAUUUUGAACUGCAGCCUCUCUUACAGCAUGUGGUGCAAGGCAGUGCAUCACAAGCAAGCCAAUUCAGUAAAUGACCAAAAGAGUUCUAGCACGUUUACAAUCUUGGGUCAAGUUUCACAAUCUCCUGUCUGACUUUCACCAACAUCAGCUAGGGAAGGACCCAGCCUAGAGACAAGAUGAGCGCAAACCAACCUCAGUCUAGGAAAACCUUGGUUUCAAUUUGUACUUUGCAACUGUCCGACAGACACAUCUGCACUAUACAUUUAAAGCACUAUUAUAUCUCUUUAAACUAGGAAUGCGAUUCAUCCCCACCAGUCCGCUCCAUCCCUCUCGCCCCUGGCAUCAUAGAGAAGGAGGAGGCAGGAGAGAAGGGGCCUUCCAUGGGUGGAAGGUUAAGUGGCAAAAGCCUCUUGAAGCAGGGCCAGACUGCAGAGAGAAACAAAGAGGGGGUGCCACUCCAUGCGGCAAGCACCAGGUGCAGGCUUGGGUGGGCAAAAAAAUCCACUUAAUUCUGACAGCAGGGAAUUGCAAUUAAGUGGAUAUUCACCCAUUGCAGCCUGCAGCCUGCCCCUUGUCCUGCAGCGUGGUGCUUCCUCUUCCUGUCCUCCAUGGUCUGACCCUGCUGGGGAGGCUUUUGCAGCGGCAAUCGCUCUAUCUUUCUAUUGGGGAGGGCCCCUUCUGUCAUGCCUCCUCCUCUAUGAUGCCAGGGCAGAGCGGAUUGGUGGCAGGGUGGGGAGGGGAACCCUUCCUUACUUUAAACAGUCAUGGCUUCCCCCAAAGAAUCCUGGGAGCUGUAGUUUGUGAAGGGUGCUGAGAGUUGUUAGGAGACCCCUCUCCCAAUCGUCGAGCUACAAUUUCCAGAGUGAUUUAACAAUCAGUCCCUCUCCCCAGGGAACUCUUGGAACUGUAGCUCUGUGAGGGGAAUAGAGGCCUCCUAACCAUUCCCAGAAGGCUGGUAUAGCACAGUAGAGAGGAGAGCCUGGCUGGGAGUCCAGAGUCUGUCAGUUCAAAUUCCCGCUUGUGUCUCCUGGGUGUCAAGGGCCAGCUAAAGAUCACCCCCACAGCGAGUGGCUCAGGGGUUACAUGCCCUGCCACCUGUGCAGCUGUGGGCAAGCUGCAUAGUCUCAAGAAGCCCAGUUGCCCCCCAGCUGGCAGUUGCAGACAAGGAAGGGGCUGGCUUCUGCAGCUGUGGCAAGCUGAGAAGGCCCUAGCCAGCUGGGGAGGACUAGCCUCAGAGGGAGGCAAUGGGAAACUCCCUCUGAAUACCGCUUACCAUGAACACCCUAUUCAUAGGGUCGCCAUAAGUCAGGAUCGACUUGAAGGCAAUCCAUUUCCAUUUUUCCAACACUCUCAGGACCCUUCACAAGGUACAGUUCCCAGGAUUCUUUGGGGGAAGCCAUGACUGUUUAAAAUGGCAUGAUACUGCUUUAAAUUUAUAGUGCAGAUAUGGGCUAACAGGGCUCUGUGUUCAGAGAACUCCAGGCACAGGUAUCGCAGUUCAUUUCCUCUGGUUCUAUACAUGUUUUUAAAACACAAGGCACAGGUCAAUACACAGUCUUUCCCCACAGAUUUGCUGUUUAAUGAAGGAUUUUUUUGUUAAUGUAGCAGUGGAGACAUCAAGGGGUUUUAGAGACUGGUGAUGGAGACACAGAUGUAGGAGGCAUACAAGGUAGCCAAAGGUUGCAGUGAGAAAUGUCACAAGAGAUAUCCUCUAAGUGAUGAGGUCUUGCUUCUUAUGCAAUCACUUUUCAUGGGGAUGAAAAACAUGAGGUUAGGUAAGUCAGGAAUGGGCAACCUAAGACCUUCCAGAUAUUGCUGGACUACAACUCCAUCCCUGACUAUUGGCCAUGCUCGCUGGGGCUGAUGGGAGUUAAGAGUCCAACAAUAUCUAGAGGGCCAUAGAUCCCCCAUCCCUAGUCUGUACUGACGGGCAGUGGCUCUCUAGGAUUUCAGACAGGAAGCUUCCCUAUCCUUACCUGGAGACGCCAGGGAUUGAACCUGCGGCAUUCUGCAUGCAAAGCAUGUACCUUGGCCCUUCCCCCAGAUAGCAGUAUUGGAAGGUACAGCUUUUUCACACAGGAGGUGGGAGUCGAUAUGUUGGAAUGCCCCCUCUCAUUUAAAAAACAAAGCUUGCACAUAGAAAGCUAGUGUGUCAGGGAAACUUGUAGACUGCUGUUCUAGCCUGGGAAGGUGAACCUGUGGCCCUCUUGAUAUUGUUGGACUACAACUCCCAUUAUCCUGGACUAUUGGCCAUUCUGACUAGGGCUGAUGGGAGUUGAAGUCCAACAACAUCUGAAGGACAGCAGGUUCCCUAUCUCUGUGGUAGCCAAAGGCAUCAUUCAAAAGGGGUAGCAGAAUAAAUACUCCUGAUUUAAAAAUAACAACAAUGUAUGGGUCAUGUUUUACUGUAAGCAGUCUGCUAUCAGAUGCCAGAACAGGAGAACAGCCACCAAGGUUGUUUUGGAAUGUUCAUAAUUAGCGUUUUAUGUUCUCUCCAAACUUGAAAAGAAACAAAUGAAGGGAAGGUUUCUUCUCUGAGUGACUGAUCCUUGAUCCUUAAGAGUGUGUAAUGCUGUAAGGUUAGCAGAGUAGAACUGCUGCCCACGUGUUACCCUGAAAUGAUAUUUUAGUCUUCUUCGGUCAUGUUUUUAAUGAUUGAAUCUCAAGAUCAACAUGACUUAGCAUUUCGAUCCUACACUGAAGAGAUGCCUGCUAGUGGGCAGAAAGUAACCACUAAAUGGCAGAUAUGAUUACACGGGAUCUAGUGUAGAAGCAGUGCAACAAGCGAGACUUCAAAAUGGUGUUAAAACUAAUAAUAAACAGUAGAGUCAUAUAUUAAAAAUCAUCUCACUUGCUCAUAUACCCAAUCAACCGCUGUGCCCUGCAGGUGAGGGCCUCCUGCAGUUGCUAUCUUAUCAGGAGGUCCAUUCCAUGCAAGAUAGGAAUUGGGCCUUUAGUGUUGUGGCAACUACCGUUUGGAAUUCCCUUCCCUUAAAUUGCCUUUUCAUCACCUACUGAAGACCUUCCUCUUCCAACUAGCCUUUUAAGUAGAGCUCUUUCCCAAUCUUCAUCUGUACUGGAAUUGUUUUUGGAUAUUUUAAUUGCAUCAUCAUCAUCAUUAUCAUCAUCAUCAUUGAUUUACCCACCCUUCACCAAAAGUGAAGGUUACAAUUUUAAAAUGCAGCAUUUAUGUGUGUUUGCUGCACUCUGCUCCUUUGAUCAUCAUCAUCAUCAAUCAUCAUCAUCAUCAUCAAUCAUACUGAAAAGUCCAAUGUGUUUUGGUUGAAGAUAGACAGUUAAGUUUCUGCUAUCAAGUGUGUUGGGCUUUUCACUAUUUUAUAGAACUAUGUUAUUUGACAGCUUGAUUUUUUAAGGACCAUGUUGCAGCCUCAUGCUUCCUUAGCUUGUUAGGGUUUGGGACCGAUGCCCCACUUUUUUCUCUGUAAUCCAGUUUAAUACUGCCAAAACAUAGAGCUGAAAUGAAAGUUUGCAUAGAUUUGCAACUGGCCCAGAUUUCCAGUUUUACCACUCAUAUCUUGAAUGUGAAAUCUUGAACUCAAAAAAUUGAAAUUUGCAGUUUGAACAUGACAUUUUUACCUCAAAGUUCAAGUGCUUUCUUACUGGUGUCUCAGCAGGUAUGGAACAUGAAACCUCAUAAGCUGUCAGAUACUAAUGUCAUUGCAUGUCUGUCAAAUGCUGUCAAGUGCCAAAUACUAUUUCACAUCAACUAUAAUAUGCAGUUAAGUACUAAAUACUCUUGCAUGUCAACUAUCAAAUAUUGUUGAAUCUGAAAUACUAUGACAUGCCAGCUGUUAAAAACUGUGAAAUAUCAACUACUGAAAUAAAAUGUUGUAGGGUGUGAAAUACAGAUAUUAAAUACUUGGUAAAUAUCCAACUUAAGAAAGUGAUCUGGAAGACUACUUGACAAAACAUUUGCAGAGGAAAAAUUCCGAAAAGAGUUUUUUGGGGAACAAAUUUUGUUUCAGCUCUAUGGGAGACAACCAUUUUGUCCUAGGCUUACCCCAGCUGCAGAAGUCAUCUCGCAACAGCACAAUGGGUGGAAGCACUAACUUGCCCAGCUGGUUCAUCCAGGCAAGAAAAGCCACAGAAAACAAAUUAUGUAAAUAGCAACGUACAAUUUGGCGUAGAGGUACUCUCAGGUUAGCUGUCUCAGCUAGGGCUGUUGGAGAAUUCCGUCAGAAAUGGACCUGGGAGCAGAUAUUUUUACAAUUCCACGUUUGCCAGACAUCAGUAACAGAAGUAAUUCAAGCAGUAUUUGCUAUUGUUGUGGGGUGUUUUUAGUCCACAAAUGUUACAUAAAUAAUUGUUUUUGAGGUUUACCUUCCAUUGAAAUUUAUUAUGUAAUUACAUCAUUUAUUAUAUGUUAGUAUCAGCAAUAGUAGAUAGCCAGACAAACAACAUAGUCUUUAGCACAGGGGUUCUCAUACUGUGGUUCAUGGACCGUCAGUGGCCCACAAGUUUCAUUCAGGUGGUCCGUAGCGUGUCUGUGGAUUUGUGGCUGAAGAUGGCCCAUCCAUUGCAUUAAAUAUUCACAUUGAUUUUUAAUUGUAUU